UAAAGAAAAAGUAAAUAAAAACAAUUUUUUCAAAUCUAUACAAAAUCUGUAUAUGGUGAAUAAUAAAUUUAGAAUAUAACAAAAUGAUGGAUCAACAUCAAGAUAUGAUUGAAGAUCUGGAAGUUGCCCUGAAUGAAAAAAUAAUGAUAACCGACCUGAAAGAUAUGAACGCUAUGAAUGAUACGGCCGCCGUUGCAAAUGGAUUUAAUGGUUCAUUAUCCGAUCCAAUGCAAUUAUUCAAUAAUGAUGAAAAAUAUCAACGAUUCUUUAAAACAUUUGGCCUAUGGUCGGAAACAUUUCAGGAUUCAUUCGUACAACAAUUAUUAUCACAUAUGUCACAUUACCAACAUUCAAGAAUCAAUACAUUUUUACGACCAAUGUUACAACGGGAUUUUAUUUCAUUACUACCGAAAAAAGGUCUAGAUCAUGUAGCCGAAACUAUUCUAUCGUAUUUGGAUGAAAAAUCAUUAUGUGCAGCCGAAUUAGUAUGUAAAGAAUGGCAUCGUUUCAUUUCGGAAGGAAUGUUAUGGAAGAAAUUGAUUGAAUCACGUGUAAAUACUGAUUCGUUAUGGCGUGGUCUUGCACAACGUCGUGGUUGGAUACGUUAUCUAUUCAAACCACAACCAAAUGAAUCACAUCCAGAUCAUAUGUUCUAUCGACGUUUAUUUCCAACAAUCAUUAUGGAUAUUCGUUGUACAGAAAAUAAUUGGCGUUCAGGAAAACAUACAUUGAAUCGUAUUAAUUGCCGUAGUGAAGGCAGUAAAGGUGUUUAUUGUUUACAAUAUGAUGAUCAGAAAAUUAUCAGCGGUCUACGUGAUAAUACAAUUAAAAUCUGGGAUCGUAAAGAUUUGGCCUGUUCAAAUGUUCUAACUGGACAUACUGGAUCGGUUCUUUGUCUACAAUAUGAUGAUCAUGUAAUUAUAAGCGGUUCAAGCGAUGCAACUGUACGCGUUUGGGAGAUUAAAACUGGACAAAUGAUCAAAACUUUAAUACAUCAUUGUGAAGCUGUAUUGCAUCUUCGUUUUAAUAAUGGUAUGAUGGUCACCUGUUCGAAAGAUCGUUCUAUUGCCGUUUGGGAUAUGACAUCACCAACUGAGAUUAAUUUACGUCGGGUAUUGGUUGGUCAUCGUGCCGCAGUAAAUGUUGUAGAUUUUGACGAAAAAUAUAUUGUAUCUGCAUCCGGUGAUCGUACGAUCAAAGUAUGGAAAACAUCUGAUUGUGAAUUUGUACGAACAUUGAAUGGUCAUAAACGUGGUAUUGCCUGUCUCCAAUAUCGUGAUCGUUUAGUGGUCAGUGGUAGUUCAGAUAAUACGAUUAGAGUUUGGGACAUUGAAUUCGGUAACUGUUUACGCGUAUUGGAAGGUCAUGAUGAAUUGGUUCGCUGUAUACGAUUUGAUAAUAAACGAAUUGUUAGCGGUGCUUAUGAUGGUAAAAUCAAAGUCUGGGAUUUAGCUGCCGCAUUGGAUCCACGAUCACCAUCCGGUACAUUAUGUUUACGUACAUUAAUCGAACAUACUGGUCGUGUAUUUCGUUUACAAUUUGAUGAUUUCCAAAUUGUUAGCAGUUCACAUGAUGAUACAAUUUUGAUAUGGGAUUUUCUUACACCCGAUACGAAUAAUGAAACAACAAACAAAUCAAACAAUCAAUCAUUGUGCUAUAAUAACAAAUAAGAUGACCGCACUCUCAGGAACUAUUUGAAAUUUCGAUUAAACCGAGAAAAAAUGGUACGUGUUUUUGACCUGACAAAAAACAACCACAUCACACAUAGCCAUGAGCCAAUUUUGUUUUCGAUUUCAUGAAAGAAGAAAAAAAUGCAAUUUAUUCGAGAAUUAGAUUCAGGCUUUGAUUAGAAAAAUUCAUUAUUGAUUUUUUUUCACUUUUGUAAAAAAAAAAUUGUUUCAUUCCUUCAA